CUCUCUUGGCGCGAGAGGUUCUAUGUUGGGGGCUGAAACUACGUCUAAAAAAAGAACGAGUGCAAAAUUACGGCUUCUUUAGAAUCUACUACACAUAACUUAUGUGUGUGAAAAAGUGAAUUUAGUUGGAUAAUAAGUUUGCAGAAUGUACGGUUUUGUGAACUAUGCUUUGGAGCUCCUGGUGAUGAAGUCUCAUGGAGUCGAGACUUGGGAAAAAAUAAAAAAAAAGGCAGAGGUAGCGAUGGAAGGGUCGUUUCUGGUUCGGCAGAUAUAUGAGGAUGAAAUAACAUACAAUUUAAUUACAGCGGCUGUGGAAGUUUUGCAAACGCCAGCGAAUGAGAUUCUGGAAUUGUUUGGCAUGACAUUCUUCGAGUUUUGCCAAGAUUCUGGCUAUGACAAGAUUCUACAAGUUUUGGGGGCUACACCCCGUGAUUUCUUACAGAAUCUAGAUGGCCUUCAUGAUCAUUUGGGUACUCUGUACCCUGGGAUGAGGUCGCCUUCCUUCCGCUGUACCGAGAGACCAGAAGAUGGAGCGCUCGUUCUGCAUUACUACUCAGAUAGACCAGGGUUGGAACAUAUCGUUAUUGGAAUUGUUAAGACGGUGACAAGCAAACUUCACAAUACUGAAGUUCAGGUGGAAAUACUAAAAACAAAAGAGGAGUGCGACCACGUUCAGUUCCUGAUCACAGAGACGUCCACCGGUCGAGUCUCUAAGCCGGAGAUGACCGAAAUUGAGACAUUAUCCAUUGAACCAAAAGUAAGUCCAGCAACUUUCUGUCGCGUAUUUCCGUUUCACCUGAUGUUCGAUCGAGAUCUCAACAUCAUCCAAGCAGGUCGCAGCGUCACCCGUCUGCUACCAAGACUGAACAAGCCUGGCUGCAAGAUCACUGAUGUUCUGGAUACUGUACGUCCACAUCUGGAUAUGACAUUUGCAAAUGUCUUGGCACACAUUAACACUGUGUAUGUCCUCAAAACAAAGCCAAAAGAAAUGAGUGUUACCGACCACCAUGAAGAAAUAUCGUCCCUGAGAUUAAAGGGACAGAUGCUUUAUAUUCCGGAAACAGAUGUGGUAGUGUUUCAGUGUUAUCCCAGUGUUACAAACCUAGAUGAUUUGACACGGCGUGGGCUGUGCAUUUCCGAUAUACCUCUCCAUGACGCCACGAGAGAUUUAGUCCUGAUGUCAGAGCAGUUUGAAGCGGAUUACAAGCUGACUCAGAACCUUGAGGUGCUCACCGAUAAGCUGCAACAUACCUACCGGGAGCUGGAGGCUGAGAAACAGAAAACGGACAGACUCCUUUACUCAGUGUUACCGAGGAGCGUCGCCACAGAACUUCGUCAUCGCCGCCCGGUACCUGCCCGGAGAUAUGACCCCGUGACACUGCUGUUCAGUGGCAUCGUUGGAUUUGCCAACUAUUGCGCCAGAAACAUUGAUCACAAAGGAGCCAUGAAGAUUGUGAAGAUGCUCAACGAUUUGUACACGGCCUUUGAUGUUCUCACAGACCCUAAGAGGAACCCAGACGUUUAUAAGGUUGAGACAGUUGGGGAUAAAUACAUGGCGGUGUCUGGGUUGCCAGAAUAUAAAGAAGGGCACGCGAAGCAUAUCUGUUUGCUGGCACUCGAAAUGAUGGACUUGUCAAAGACUGUCACCGUCGAUGGAGAACCAGUGGGUAUAACUAUCGGAAUACACUCUGGAGAAGUCGUAACUGGGGUUAUUGGACACCGUAUGCCGCGUUACUGUCUCUUCGGGAACACUGUUAACCUGACCAGCCGUUGCGAAACCACUGGAGUUCCUGGCACUAUCAACGUCAGUGAAGAUACUUACAGUUAUCUGACCCGUGAAGACAACUAUGAUGAACAAUUUGAACUUACGUACCGCGGCCACGUCUCAAUGAAAGGGAAAGCAACACCAAUGCAAACCUGGUUCCUUACACGGAAGAAUUAAUGUACGAUUUCGGUGACACAGUCUUUCUCUUUUGUUUCUUUGUAUUCUUCCACUGUCAUUCGUUCUAUUACUUGGCCUAAAGUUUUCCACUCUGGGCUAAAAAACUAAUAAGGGCCUGUAAUAUUAACUGCCUGAUGUUUCUACUUCAGACAACUUAUACCUAAAUGGUAGCAACUUGGGUAUACCUAAAUGGUAGGAAUUACACAAUGAAAUAAUUUAUCAUAUAAUAUAUAAUAAAGGUUUAAUUUCCAUCUACCUGCUAAUCCCGUUCACAUAAAAAGAUAAUUCACAUUAAUGGCUUGAAGUUCUUUUGUGUCAGUAUUUGAUGUCAUUAUAUAAGUUGUAGGUACGUUUACAAACUUUGAUAGUUCAAGUAGAUUCAACUUAAAUUUGUAUGUCAGAUGUGUACGAAUGAAUACUAAGCAAUUUAUUUCAUACAAUGCUGCUAUUUAUUGUCUUCGCUUACUUGACGUAUGAUCUUAUAUACUCUGGAUACGGGAGAGAAUUUUCUCAGCCGUCCUAUACGGCAUUAAACUUCAUGUUUUACUGCACUCCAGGUUCUUCCCGACAGUCUUCUAUUCUGCAAUGACCACUCUUCACCAUGUGUACUUAAAGUGACCACGAGAAGCUUUUACGCAGCUUUCUAAUGGAAUAUUAAUAAAUCUGUACGAUCUGUCGCCAUCCUUCAUUCCAAGUAAGCAUUAGUAGCGUGAUCCAAGAAAAAACCAGCGCGUGGAUAUUUUCUUCUUUGUCCAUGAAAUCUGAUUUCCAGCCAGCCAAGAAAAAUGGUGCAGAUGUGCAAAAAAUUGCACCUUUAUGUAAAAGAAUUAUCAAUAAGACUUAAUGACACAAAAACAAAAACUUUUUCUAACUCUUGAAGGAGCUGGGCUGGUUGGAGAAACAAGCCAACACAGUACGCAAAAUGGACCCUAUUAAAAGGAUACAGGAGCAUCCUUACAAGGAAAAGUGUCGGAAGCUAAAUAUUUAGUAAACCUGCAAUACUUAUAAUAAUACUAACCUAUAAGAUAUUUACUAAAAAGUUAUAAUAGAUUCUUUUAAACUUCUUUUCACAAGCAUAGAGUGACCACUCUUCACCAUGUGUGCUUAAAGUGACCUCGUUUAUCUUGGAGAUUUUUCAAUGGUUUCUCAUUGCAAGGUUCCAACAGAUCUGAGUUUGAGAUAUUCAUAGGCCAGUACUUUUGCGAAAGCAGUGAUUUAGAAAGACUUUGAAGUUGGUGUAAGAUGAUGUUUGGGGAUCUUUCUCGUCUAGCAUCCGUCUAGCACCACGAUGUCAACGUUGGACAAGAAUAUGUCCACUUAUUACGAGUAAACUUCUGUAAUUUCCAUAUUUGGUGGAGUUCUACAAAGAUUACAGUAAAGAGCUCUGGCUUUGUAUAUGUCAUUGCUCUUUUAUUACAACAGAGAGUUUGGUAUUCCAAUUGCCAUGGUCCUGAUAGUCUUUCCUGGCGAAUCUAAACACUCUUGCAUACAAACUUUCUCAUGUUUGAAACACUUGACAUGGAUUUUAUUCAUCAUAUUCUGACGAACUUCAUCCAUUUUGCUAUCUAUUCCACCCGAAUCCAUUCAAAGUUGCAAUUUACCAUGUGCAUUCUACCUA